AAAUUGAGAUGCGAAAAAAUAUCAACAGAGCAUGGCAGAGGAUCUUCUACUACUUGAUAGGUGAGAUGGAUAAUCGGAACCAUCUUUAUAAACAACUAAAAGCUCCUUUCAGUUUGAGUAGCCUCAAAAUUCACCAGAACGAUGUCGUUAUAUGCUUAAUGGAAUGAUUAUAUCUUGAAUUGAUGCAACGAGCAAAGCCCUGGAUAAUUGAUGUACUGAUCCUAUAGCUAGAAGAAAACACCCGUGAGAUAGCUCCAGAUAAUUCAAAGGUACGAAUAACUAACAACUAACGGAGGAAAUCCCACUUGCCACUGAUAAUAAGCAAGGAAUAUUGCUUGUCUUGGACGAAAAUAAAGACCCUGUCCUUUAAUGCCGAUUCUUCUAUUUCACUCACUGUUCUUUUCCUGCUCUCUUGUGGUUCCUAAGAGGCCGGGUCACUCCUCUUCUAACCUUUAGAAUUAGGAGGAUAUAUUCCCCCAACUGGCACAACCCCACCAUCCUUUUCCUGUCUAUAAGGAGCUCGCUUGGUUGUAUCUCCCAAACCAUUCUUUGACUACAAACAUCUUCCUUGACUGUAACAAUCCAUCUUUCCCUUCUUUCUCUUUUGGUGGGAUUCGAUCUAGUCGCUCUUCAGUUCGACAAUAGGCUUUGACACUUCCCCCAGUUUGUUAUCAUCUAGAGCCUAUAAACAUAAACCUAGCAUUCAACAACUCUUAAAGUGAAGUUGAAUUUUUCUCUAUGGCAUCCAACUCUCUUACUUCUUCCCGUAGCUCUAGUUCCUCAUGGACAACUAAACAGAACAAACAAUUUGAAAAGGCCUUGGCCUUGUAUGACAAGGAUACACCUGAUCGCUGGCAGAAUGUGGCCAAAGCUGUUGGUGGAAAAUCUCCAGAGGAAGUGAAGAGGCAUUAUGAGAUCCUCAUUAAGGAUGUCAGGGAAAUUGAGUCUGGCCGAGUCCCAUUCCCCAAUUACAGAUCAGGUGGGAACAACAACUGAGGCAGGCAAGAGAAACAUAGGGUCCAGUGGCCUCAAAACGUCCAGCAACUUGGCCUCACCAGUAAAAUAGUGAAGAAAGAUUAUAUGGAAUGAAAUGCUUGAAUGUACCAAUAUCUUAGUUAUAUAUGCUGCUCUCCUUCUUUCCUAUU